AUGAAAGCCAAUGGAAGAAGCCUAUGCAUUGAAAGCAAAGAAGGCUUACAGGCAGAGGAAAGUUCUUUCUGGUAUUUUAUUAUUGGGUAUUCAAUCCUAAGAGAAAUUGGGUUAUGCUUUUGGCCACAGGAAUUAUACCAUGAAUUACAUGCUUUGAAUAGAUUUGAACAAGAUUAUCAGCAUAAAUGUACAGACGAAGAUCAAAAAGGUGAUACCCUUGCAUUCUUGAAGGCAGAAGUUAAAACUCAAAAGAAGCAAAUUAAGCAUAUAAAGAAAAGGUCACUUUGGUCUAGAAGUUUGGAGGAGAUUAUGGAGAUGCUUGUAGACAUGGUGCAAUUUUUGAAUUCGGAGAUAACGAUGUCUUUGGCGCUGCAAUUCUGCUCUCUUUAG